AUGGACCAGAGUGAGAUUGACUUCUGGGUAGGCUUGGCUCAGACGGAGCAGCAGGCAUCGGUCAGCUUGACGCUCAUCACGGUCGACACGAGCCCCUCGUUGCAGCUCGUCCCUCCAGCGGUCAAGGUCCCCCCUACAGCUUCGACGUCAUUCUAUACCACACCUGUUUCCACCCCUCAGCCAUCAACUGUUUCCCCGGACCAGAUCGGCACCCCCUCGACACCCAUGAAAGACGGCAGCCAGGCGAAUGCUAGCACGCCGACAGGUACGCCAGGAGGGGCGGAUGUGACAGAACCCGCCGAGGGUGACGCGAUUCUCGUCGAUGUAACCGAUCAGACUUGGGGCGCCGUAUUAUCCCACAGACUGGGUAAUUCGACCGCGCCCGGAGAGCUAAGCACCUCUCUCAUAAGUGGCUAUCUUGUCAAGCGGGGUGGAACCAAGGUUGAGGACCCCCCAGUCGUCAUGGAGGUCAACAUUGUACACACAGAUGGGAACCCUCGAGCUCUUGAAGCCCUGCUCAGGGAGAUGCUCAACUAUUUCCGUGGCCUUGGGACCUUGGCGCGGGCCAGGGGCAUCGUGGAUAGAGAGACAGACGUGAGACCGUGGCAUAUCGCGGCGGCAGAAAAAGGCGUCCGGGCGCUGUAUUUACUGAUGUGA